UAUAUGAAAAAUUGAUGAGCUGUGAUCAUCUGCAGUGCGCGUCGUGUGUUAUGUUGUGACUGAUGUUUAUCACGAAUAACUUUCAAGCAAAAGUUUACUGUUUGGCCUAUAAUUUAGGGCCACGAAAAUGUUUACGUAUGAUAUUUAGAAUCAACCUAUGAACAUACUUUCGUCUUAAAUGUAAAAAAGCAAAAACUCGGUAUUUUCUAGUAGAAUAGACAUUGUUCUUUUGCGACGAUAUAUGUAAUUGUGUGCUCGUAGAGCGGGAACCGUUGAAUAUUUCAUAAUGGCAGAUUUUGAUGCAAUUUACGAAGAAGAGGAAGAAAAUGAACAAAACUUGGAAGAACACUACGUAACAAUGGUACCAGAUCCUAUAGUUAUUCGUGGAGCUGGCAACAUGACUGUAUUUGGGCUUAGUAAUCGCUUUGAAUCAGAAUUUCCGAAUGGCCUGGUAUCGCGUGUUGCUCCGGAAGAGUUUAAAGCGACUGUCAUGAGAAUAAAUAGUGUACUGAAAAAAACAUUACCAGUUAAUGUUAAAUGGUUAUUUUGUGGUUGUGUUUGCUGUUGUUGUACAUUAGGAUGUUCUCUUUGGCCUGUUAUUUGUUUGAGUAAAAGGACACAACAUUCGUUAAACAAAUUAUUAGAAUGGGAAAACAGUAGGCUGUAUCACAAACUUGGAUUACAUUGGAGAUUAGCGAAACAAAGAUGUGAUACUUCAUCCAUGAUGGAAUAUGUACUUUUAAUUGAAUUUAUCCCAAAAAUACCCAUAUACAAACCUGACUAAAAGAUCUGGACUUUUGAACCUUACGUAUGUAACAAGUCUAAAAUAUGAAAAGCCAAAUGCUUCUGGCUUAAUUUUGAAAUAAUAAAAAGUGAAGCAUUACUAGAAGAGGCACUGGUGGGAUGCUUAUUUUUGUAAAUAUUAUAUGUAGGAUUGCAUUGUAUAAUAAUGAAAUAAGUAUCUGAAUUAA